UUUCUGUUGGGGAGACCUUUGUUUUGCUUGCUUCGCAUCAGCUGCAGCAGAGAAUCGUCACUCUACGCCUAGCUUUUGCGCUGGUGUUUUGUAUUCCUUUCUCUGAUGUGUGUACACAAACAGUAAAAAUUAUUAUCAUUUUCGUCGCCAGUUUAUCGAACAAACAGCAUAUUUGCAUUCCUACCAGUUGAUUCGGCAGACAGUGUACGAUAGUUGCCAAUGAGUGGAGCAAACUGUGGAUGAUAUGCCUAAUCGCAUCGCACAAGAGGAAUAUCCGACCUGGAUCGGUUUCGUGUUCAUCUUUAAUCUCAUAGUGGGUACGGGAGCACUGACCCUCCCGUCGGCGUUCAGUCACGCAGGAUGGGUGCUGGGAUCGGUCCUGAUCGUUGUGCUGGCCUUUGCCAGUUACAUGACGGUGACGUUCGUGAUUGAAACAAUGGCUUGCGCCAACGCCAUCCAGAACUGGAAGCGGUUGCAGUUCAUCAAGCGGGAUCGGGUGCUGGAACACGAUGAGGACAGCAAUGUGGAAACUAUGACGGAACCCUUACUUGCGGCGUCGGAUGGUGGCGAGGUGACUGAUGCCAGCAUCGAGCAGACCCCGCUGAAUAUAAUGUACUGCCGGAACCAGUAUUACAGUCUGUCGAACAAAAUCGAACUGGGCGAGAUGGCAAAUUUGUUCUUCGGACGGAUAGGGCGGUUUCUGUUCUAUUUCUGCUUGGCCGUUUACUUGUAUGGGGAUUUGAGCAUCUAUUCGGCUGCUGUGGCCAAAAGCUUAAGAGAUGUUUUGUGCGCCUACAAUCAUUCAGCCAAUGCAACAGACAGCGACGAUCUUACUCUCCGCUGCUGGGAGGACAGUGUUUUGUCCCGAUUCGACAUCUACCGACUAUGCCUGGUGGUGUUCAUUUGCAUUCUUGGGCCAUUCGUCUUCUUCAACGUGCAGAAAACUAAGUAUUUGCAGCUGAUAACGGUCAUGUUCCGGUGGUUGGCCUUCUCCGUUAUGAUCAGCAUAGCCAUUCAUCGGCUGUUCGGACAUCAAAACGAUCCGCCAAUUGUGCCGAAACGCGCCGACGUGAAUGGGAUACCGUACCUCAUCGGUACCUGUAUCUAUUCGUUCAUGUGCCACCACUCACUGCCCAGUCUGCUGACUCCGAUCUCGAACAAGCGUCGCCUGAAGUCGCUCAUAUCGAUGGACUAUCUGCUGAUUUGCGGAUUCUACCUGUCGUUGGCUCUGACCGGAAUUUUCGCCUUCAGUGACAUCAAGGACCUGUACACGCUGAACUUUGUGCCCAACUCGGAUCAGGACAGCAUCUUCCUCAAGGGUAUCGAGUACUUCCUGGCCCUAUUCCCGGUAUUCACCCUGUCCACCAGCUUCCCCAUCAUUGCCAUAACGCUGCGCAGUAAUCUGCAGACGCUCUUCCUGGACACGACCCAGCUGGAGUCGUACAACUUCUUCCUGCGGCGGGUGUUUUUCCCGCUGUUGGCCAUCCUACCGCCGAUCAUUGUGUGCUUCUUCACCGAGAGCGUUAUCUCGCUGGUGGGCUUCACCGGGUGCUACGCCGGAACCGGAAUCCAGUAUUUGAUUCCGAUUUUUCUGGUGUUCUCGGCGAGACGCCUUUGCGAUAGCAUGAUCGGACGCGGAAUUGUUAACGAUUUCCGUAGUCCGUUCAAGGGCAAUUUUUGGCUGCUGCUGAUCUUCAGCUGGACCCUGGGUUGCCUGGUGCUGGUCACGAUCGAUCUCAUGAAGUAGGAAAGAAAGGCUGACGAUAAACCAUCUUCUUCUCCGAUCAUAGAGCUGGAAUUAAACUAUGAAUUAAAAGUUCGAGACUGAAAGACAAAACAAUGUGAGGACGUGGCGCCCCUACUGCUUAUAAGUUUGUCUCAAAAUGUACGAAUUUGUGUUUGGUGAUUAC